GUAGCUUAGCAGUCUUGAAAAAGAAAAAGGGUAGCCACUAGCCAGUGGUCAGUAGUGGACCUGCAGUAGUCAAGCACAGUCAAAAGAGCUGCAAGUACUACAGUCAUCACCUCCCAAAACAAAUUCGACCAAACCAACCAACCACCAUCAACCCCAAUCAUGCCCAACUCAGCAGCUUCAACCCUGCUCCACCUUAUCACCACCACCACCCCCCUCCUCCUCCUCCUCCUCCUCCUACUGACCACCAGAGUCUCCGCCACCGACCACAUUGUGGGUGCCAACCAAGGCUGGAAUCCUGGCAUCAACUACACCCUCUGGUCCAACAACCAAACUUUCUACGUUGGAGACCUCAUUUCAUUUAGGUAUCAGAAGACACAGUACAACGUUUUUGAAGUGAACGAGACAGGCUACGAUAACUGUACGAUCGAAGGGGCAGUGGGCAACUGGAGCAGCGGAAAGGACUUUAUCCCCCUUAACAAAGCUAAAAGGUACUACUUCAUCUGUGGGACUGGUGGCUGCUUCAACGGGAUGAAGGUUUCUGUCAUCGUCCACCCUCUUCCUUCUCCGCCCAAGCCUGCCAUUGCGGCCUCUCAUGCGUCCACUAAAUCAGCCGCAGCCGCAGCCGCAGCGGCGCGUGGGAUUUACUCCAUGCUGGUCUUGAUGGGUCUUUUUCCGUUUAUAUGGAUUGGGCUUUGAUUGUGGAUCCGGACUUCUUCUAGUUAGGCUGCAUUCCCCUUUUUUUUUUUUUUUUUUUUUUUUGGAAAAAAAAAAAUUGCUUUUGUGGGUGUGCGAAAAAAUCCAUUGCCUUUGAUUUGUGCUUGUGUGUGGGAUCCAUCCAAUCCAAGUGUUGAAGAAUUUGGAGAAAUUAUUUUCUCCUAUUUUUUAGUGGGAGAUUGGUGGGUCUUUAAUUCAUAUUCAUCUUGUUCA